AUAGGUGGGAUGCAGAGGCGAGAGCGGGGCUCUGCUACUAUGCCAAGGAACAGUACAGAAACAGGUUCUUGUGGGAAGAGACGUGUGUGGUGAGAGUGCAGAGAUGGGUUAGGGAGCGGAGGAGGCACUUUGUGUGGACAGCAGCUACUCGGCAGCACCGCUUCGGGGUGGCACAGGAGGUACUGAGGAGGUUCAAUCGCUUCCCCAGGAGUGCCUUGAUUCGCGCAGAGCUGGUGCUGAUCUCCCUACACCCCAAAGGCCCCCGGCGGCCGCAUGCCAUCCACACAGCGGCCGAUGAGAUCCACAGUCAGGGGGGGGCUGUGCAAUCAAUCGAGAAAUCCUUCAGGGCAUUCCUGUGCCGAAAAGCGCUGCACAAGCGCGUUAUGGCUUGCCGAGAGAGGCAACACGUAAAGGCAUUCCGCGCAGUAUGUGUGAUUCAAUCUGUCUUUAGACGCAAAAAAGCCGUUAUUUUCGUGGACACUUUGAGGGUUACAAGGUUCCUCUACAUAGAGGCAGCGAGGGUUUUGCAAAAAUGGUGCCGCAAGCGCCGCAACUCGUUCUACCACCUCGUGCACUGGAAACGCACAGAGGUGGCCCGCAAACGAGCCUGGGCUAUGCGUGUUUUGACAAAUAAGCUGCCCUCUCUGGUGCUCACAUACCUCAUGCUGCACAGGGUAAAUCUCCUCCUCCGUGAGCGGAAAAAGGCCGACGAUGCUGCGUGGCAGGGGCAGAUCGCGGAGCGCCUCCGACUAGAGGGGGAGUCCAAAUUGAUCGCUAAUUACCACAAAGCCAAGCACUCAAAGUUCCUGUCCAAGCUAUCGCGAUCCGCUGACGAGCAGAGAUUAGAGGCGGAUUUCAGCUUUUCUGCGCUGGAUGUGGUCAACGCCGCAAGUGUGGACCCGCAGGCCUCUUACGCGGUGCCCGGGGUGGACAUAAAAGACCAAAAAUUCGUGCGGGCGACGCAGCAAAAGACCAUUUUCUGCCAAGAGGGUUUUUCUGCUGCGGACUGCAUGAUGCUGAGCAUGGUGCUGCGCAGCCCCGCUUGUGCCUGCAAGGUGCUCGUGCUGUACCUGCUGAAGUGGGACGCGUGCUUCGACGACCUGCUAGACGCGAUACGCCAGAACCACUCACUACGAGCAGUUUAUAUACUAGG